AUGGUUUCAAACAGUGGUCGUAAUGAUCAUGUGGUUAGUCAAGUUGAUGUCUUCGUAGAUCUUUUUCAAUUAAAAAAUCCAGUAAACGUUUCGUAUGCAAGACCCAGCAGUGAGGCGAUAAAGGGUGCCAACCUAUAUGUAAGUGGUUUGCCAAAAAAUAUGACGCAACAAGAUCUUGAAAAUCUAUUUAGCCCAUAUGGGCGUAUCAUCACCUCUCGGAUACUAUGUGACAACAUGACUGUUCGACAGUACGUGACUGGAGGUGGGGAUAACUUGCCAGGUGUGGGCUUCAUUAGAUUUGAUCAACGCAUCGAAGCAGAACGUGCCAUCCAAGAACUGAAUGGUACAAUUCCAAAAGGCUCAUCAGAGCCAAUUACCGUCAAGUUUGCCAACAAUCCUAGUAAUAAUAACAAAGCUAUACCACCAUUGGCAGCAUAUCUGACACCUCAGGCAACUCGCCGAUUUGGUGGUCCAAUCCACCAUCCUACCGGUCGCUUCAGGUACAUUCCACUGUCGCCACUAUCCAGGUACAGCCCUUUGGCGGGAGAUUUAUUGGCAAACUCCAUGUUACCGGGUAAUGCAAUGAACGGCUCUGGAUGGUGCAUCUUUGUUUAUAACCUUGCUCCCGAAACUGAAGAAAAUGUGCUUUGGCAGCUGUUCGGUCCGUUUGGUGCUGUUCAGUCUGUUAAAGUUAUUCGUGACUUGCAAACAAACAAGUGCAAAGGUUUUGGGUUUGUUACGAUGACCAACUACGAGGAAGCAGUUGUUGCAAUCCAAAGCUUGAAUGGAUACACUCUUGGUAACCGAGUUCUCCAAGUGAGCUUCAAAACAAAUAAAACUAAAGCUGCGUAGAACGAGCAAGAUCUUUCCAGAUAUAUUCAGUCCCAGGUUAUCUUGCCAACAUCGCAGCAAAGGAAUCCACAUGGCAGUAUUGUAACUGCAUUAAUCGAUUCUGUAAGUACAACCAGUGUACAACAACUGCUUGGCAAGCGUUCUACCCUUUUGUAUUCCCCUAAACAUCACCAACAUGAGAUUCAUCCAAUAGAGUUUGCAAGGCAACAACUCUUGGGACAGCGAUCUCACAAUACUUGGCUUCAACAAGCUGCUACAGCAGCUGUAGCAGCAGCAACAGCAGCCGCCACAUCUUCUGCUUCUCCUACAGCAGUCAUGCAUCGACCACGCUGGCUUUUGCAUGGCCAGCGAGCUUUUCCAUCAAAACUUAGCAAAGUCUCACGGGAUGGACAUUUUUCUUAUUCCAACAAUUAAAAAAAAUUUGUAGGAGAAAUGCUUAGUGACAAGGUGUAGGUAGAAACAAUUUCUAAAGUAUCAAACUAAAUAUAGAGCAAAAAGAGCUCGCACAAACUAUGUACUAGAUUAUUAAGUUACUUAUGGAUGUGUGUUAAUUAAUAAAUAAAAAUCUGUUAGUGUUGUUUAAUGUGGAGGAAAUAAUAACAGAAAAAGAGAUCUGAAAUUCUCUGUUAAAUUCGAUAAAUCUAACCAGUUAUGCACCUAAUUAAGGAAGUUUCUAUAAAAUUUUUAAUGGUACCCAUUGUGUAACUGAUAGAAAAUAUGCUAACUAAAAUUCUGUUAAAUUUUACUGGCAGUGUAUACAUUUCUUGUAGGAAUUUAAUCAUACACGAACGAUUAAAGUAAUCCAAAAAGUAUUACUAUUUUAAUCACUACUAUAAAAACAUUAAAGAAUCAGAGACUAUGUGUCAAUGAAAACUUCUUCGUACUAGUCUUUUUAAACUGUUUGUAAAAUUAAUUUGUUCUAGUCCAGUAAAAAAAAAAAUGUAAGCUGUUUCAAUGUUUAUUUCUUUUAUUUUUUUUUUUAACAUUACUGUUCCAAAAAGUUAUAACAAGGCUUCAAGAAAAAUUUGAAAAUUAAGGAGUCUAAUGGGAAUAGCAUGUACACUGAAACACCAUGUUAAGGUGCAUAAUAAAUAAACUUAGUAAGCAAUUUACUAUUAUUUACUACAGUACUUACCUUAAAAAGUAUUAUAUACAUUUGUACAAAUAAUUGAUUUCAGCGGAAUAAUAAAGCAAAGUUUAUAAUAAUCCAAAUGCUUCCUACUAUUAAUUUUGAAAAAUAUUGUUUCUUCAAUAAAAGUAAUGUUUGAGAAUGAAUGACGUUUAUGAAGAUCAGCCUGAUUUUCACAAUGAUUCGAUGGCGUAACGUGAGAAUGAUAUCUUUACGUUUUGCGAUUAAAAAUAUUCAAUACAUAUAUAAAAAUUUUCACACACGUGUUUAGAGAAACACACACACGCGCACGCACGCAUGCGUAAAUAUGCCAGAAAAUGUGUAUCUGCGGGUGCGUGAAAAUGUGUAUGUAAAUAUAGAAUUUUACUUAGUAUUUUAAUGAUAACUACUACUCUUGUACUUAUGUGUACCACUAUAUGUCUAGUCAAAAGGAGUCAUCAAAAAAGGGAUAAGUAAACAAAAUACUUUACAAAUGUUUGUAUUGAUAUAACUUUAGUCAUUAUUUUAAGUUGAUAUGUAUGUUUUUUUUAAUAACACAAAAAUAAUUAAUAUCACAGAUCUUCUCUUAUUUUGCUCAAACUCUUAUUUUAUUCAGCUAUAAGCUAUGUGUCAUGGUACGUGCCCAGCUAUAUGUGGGAUAAAGAUUUUAAACAAUAACUACAUAAGUUAAUAAAAUAAUAAUUGAUAUUCCAUUUUUGUGUCACUACGAUUACUACAUAAACGUUAUGUAAUUGAAAAUAUACAAUCAUCCAAUAUUAAAAGUCUUUUAUUAUUUUGUAUUCACAUGUAAAGCAUAAGAGGGCUUGCUACUAUUCUGCAUGUUAGUUAGUUUUACCGUUUACAAACUGACUAAAUUUACGUACCUUUUUAGUCACCACUUAUAAAU